CACAACCAUUUGAACCAUUUUGAAAAUAAUCAUCCUAAGUAAGGAGGUCCUUUCGAAAAAGCGCGUUAUGGCCCUUACUGAUUGAUGUCAAACGUAUUCGAGUUCUCUGUCAAAAGUAACACAAAUAACACUCUCCAUAAAUUCGUAAUGCAAGGAACUGUUUUCAAUUGAUCUGUGGAAUAAUACUGGUUUAUUUUGUGGAGUUAACAAUUAUGUUAUCGCAUAAUUCGAAUCACGAAAAAACACCUGUAUGUGAAAAUUUUCCUAGCAAUACAACCGAUGGCUUCAUCAAACCUUCUUUACCUCCGUUUAUUUCAAACAUUUUAGACCUGUUAACCGAUGAAGAACUUAAACGUCGUUUAGAAUCUGUCUUGUUAGACAGAGAAUCGGAACUAUUAGAAUCUCAGUCAGCCUGUAAAGAUGCACAGAAUGAGGCCGUAGAGUCACGGAAACAGUUAGUCAAACUUGAACUUGAAUUGGCAAAUAUUAAAAGCGCUGCAGAAAUGUUAAUGACUGAACAUGAGGAUGCCUUAUUAACCUUGAAAAGACAGUAUGAUGAAGAGUUGUCCUCGCUGCUGAUAGCUUCUGAACAGGGUUAUUUACAUCAGUUUAUAGAUGGUCAAUGUUCAAACGAUACAUCACAUUCAUCACCAACUGAAAAUGAGAAUUGUCCAACCUCCAAAUCAUCACUUCUUAUCGCUGAAAAAAAGUCAGCUCAAAGUUUAGCUAAUCAAGCAUUGGAUAAAGUAGAGAAAUUAGUUCGACGUGUUGGUCAUAAAGCACUAACAAAUAAUUUUAUUUUAAACAAAUCCACUGUUUCAUCUUUUUGGGCAAAUCAUGACAUUGGUUCAAACAAAGAGGAGGAUAAUGAUGAUGACUAUAUACGAGCAAUAAUUGAACCUUACGAAACAGAAAUUACACGUCUACAACAAAUUUUGAUCAAUGCUUCGAUUCCAUUCACUAAGACAAUAUUACAUCCUAUCAGUCAUCAUCAAUAUAAGACCUGGUGUAUAGACGUCCGUCAGCCCGUAUUAUCACAUCGCAUCAACAAAGCAAGGUAAAUAAAUACCAAAGAAUUGAAAUAAUCAAUAAUGCUACAAUGAAUUUAAAUAUGAAGGAGUUCAAGAAAAAAAAUAGGAAUGAAUUUUCGGGAGGAAGUUAUGUAAUUAUAUUGAAAUUCAGAGUCUCGGGAUCCAUCUGUUUGCCACUACAACAGAUUGUGUGAGUCACGUUACCUGGGAAUGUAACCAAAUGUAGUUUGAUUCGACGAAACCCUUUUUUGUCAAAUCUCUUUAGGUCACUUCAAUCUUUCUUGUUUACAUCCUCCUUUCUUCUCUUUGUUUAUUAGUUCGUUUUUUCCAAAGUAAAUAAAAGCAAACUGUUCAGGUGUAAUCAUGCAUAAAUCUGUAUGUCAUGAUGACUUGAUCAAUUCUAGUCAAAAUUAAUAUUUUUAGUUGAUUAAUUAAUCGAUUAUUUGCUGACGUCAGUUGGUUAUCUGUUAUAUUAACUGGAGUAGUGGACAAUUAAUUAAAAAUAAAUAUAAAUAACGUAAAAACAAUUGUUUUUCUCUUCAUCAUUACAAAAAUCUUAUGGCAUGAUUGUUGCUGGUGGUGGUGUGAUAUCUUCAUAUUCUGCUUUUUUGCGUUUAUUAGUGUUUGCAUGUCUGAUUGUUCUUCUGUCCUGUUCGUUUGUUAUUUUAAUAUUCAAUUCUUAAAUUAUUGGCGUUUUCAAGGUGAAUUAAAUUGUACUAAUUUUGCUGUAUCAGUUAUAUUUCUUUUUUGUCAACGAAGGUACAUAUGGUCUUGACGUCAAUCAAUAUUUUUUUAAUUGAUCAUAUUUGAAUGAAUUUUAACGUUACUGUGUGCAUUUUAUAUUCCUUUAUUUUUAGCAGGAAGAUUGUAGACAAGGUUAUAACUCAUUUUGAUAGAGAAUAAUCUAGUUUUUUUUAUUUGAAGGUAUCUGUUAUUUAGCCACUACCAAAUGUUGGAUAUUAUUAUUAGUUCAAUGAGUAAAUGAUAUUAUGUCGUAAGACUAAGAAAAAUAAGAAGCUUAAGUUCAGUCACACAUAGGUAAGGUCACUAGUUCAAACUCGUGAUUUGUACAUAUCUAGCAUAAAACAAUGCUUGCUGUGUGAUUUUCAAAGAUUCACCAAUAUUAUGUCAGUUUAUAAUGUAAAUACCCUUCAUAUUAUACACCACUUAUUCGUAUCAUGAAAAUGGUAAUUUUUUUAGAUUCAGCAACAAGUUAUAAGUUAUCAGAGGAGAAAAUUGUCAAUAAAAUUUCUCAUAAUUCAAAUAUGAAGAUAGAAAUUUCUGGAAACAAUAUUGAUAAUAACAAUAAUAAUAAUAAUAAUAUGGUUGAUCCUGCUAGUAAUCCGAGUAAUUCAAUUCAGAGAUCAUGUGACCAAAUGACAGAAAAGCAUUCUAUGCACAAAUCACCUGAUAAUUGUAAUGAUCAUAUCAAUUCGGAUGAUGACAGAAAUACUCAAUCGACUGUUGUCACACAACCAAUGUGUGAUCAUUCUACAUCUUUUGAAGGGCAAAUCUACCUAACCGAUACAAUGAAAAAUUUACAAAAACAGCUUUCCACCGUUAAAAAUGAAUUAGAUUUGAAAAGCCACGCUUUGAAAGUUGCUACAGAUCGUCAAUUAGAAUUGGAAAAUGCCCUUAAAACUCAAGUUGCUGAACAAACAUCUAAAAUAGAAAAAAUUAGUACAAUUUCUAAUCAGUUGGGUCAACGAUUAGAUAGUUUGCAGUUAAACUACCAAUCUUAUCGCGAAACAACUGAAAAAGAAAUAUCCACUUUAUUAGUUGAGCGUAAAAUUGCUAGUACAAAUCUAGAAAUUCUCCGUUCACAUUAUGAUGCUCUGGUUGGUAGACGUUCACAAGCUGCUAUUGAAUUAAGUAGACAACCAAUUCAAUUACCUAAUGAGAAAGAUGAAUUAGAACAUUUGACGUUAAAAUUAUAUGAAGAAAACUUAUCAUUUCGGUAGGUGUGACUUUUUUCUGUUAAUCUUUUUGGUGAAUUUUUUCCUCGACUACAAAAUUUAUUUUCAUAGACCUAUGUCAAGUGUUUGUUUACGUUCUUUGUCCUUAUCUUUCUCCUACCAGCUCGUUUUUUGUGUGCAUUGUCUUAUACUACUUAUCAACAUUCAGUAAAUAGUUGUAUUGUUAGCAAUUUCUACGCGUAUGUGGUAACACAGGUUUGUUAUGUUCUAAAAUAUUUACGUACACAUACAGUAUUUAUCAUCAGAAUUAGUUUCCCUCAACCCUUGUAACAGUUGUUCUCAGUUUUGUAUAGUCUUCGGAUUUUUGUCGAAAUGCGACGGUUUCUAUAUUUGUUUGCUUGUGGUUCCCUUUUUGCUCGUUGACAAAUUGUUAUGUAGAUCAGACAGCUAUCAGUUUACGUUAUGGUUACGAGUUAUGGCUUUUUACCUUAUGAAAAAUUAUUUACGCAGUCAGUUCUUUAAUCUUGAAUCCGAACAUCGUUUAAGCUACUUUGAAAAGUUAAUGAGCCAUGUCAAAAUGUUAUAUAAAUUUUAUUUGUUUUCUGUUAUUUUUUCUCAGGAAAAGCUAAUUAAGCGAGACUAUAAUUUGUGGAUGAACCAAUCAGAUUUACGAUAACAGAUCUUGAAUUUUGGCGCGAAAUCAAUUCAUUCAUUUGGCUAAAUAGAGUUUUGUCAUUAUAGCUGAUAUCAGUUCGUGAUGAAAACCCUAUAUCUGAUUCCUAACCCUAACUAUCAACUGUAAAUAUUAAUCUUAAUUCCUCACACUGUUUUAUAACCGUCAUUUAUCUGUAGUAUAUAGGCUGACAUUCCCAAGAUCUCUUUAGCGUCGUUCGAAGGUCGUCCAUAAAUUAUAGUCUCACCGCGAAUAACUUUCUCGGGAUCACUUUUGUAAUUGCUUAAGUUUGUUCUUAUUCUUCAAUUUCGCUACAUCUAAUUAUUCUAAGUGUUCUCGUAACUAAUUAUUGGUAGGUUUUACUUUACUUCUAACUACGUACAAGCUAGCCGUCACAGGAUAUUGAGUUUUUACGAGCUCUUUUUCGUUAAUCUAAUUAGUUCGUCAGUUUAGUGUAAUCCAAUAAACAUGGACAUUGUUCUCAAGGUGAUAAUGUACAUUUGUACAUUAUUGAGCUUAGUAGUUGAAGUAGUUAAUCUUCAACGUCACUCCACCUGGAUAGCAUAAUUAGCCGUCAGAUACGUAAAAUAUAACUUGAAGCGGUGCAGGGAAAACUAAAUGUGUUCUAAUUAUAUCAAUAUUCCCACUUAUUGAUGUCCAGUUCAAAGUAAUUUGACUUGUGAUAAGUCCUAUUCUCUGCAUUGUUGACUGAAUGAAUAACUAAUCUGCAUUAACUUUUGUCAGUGUAUGAUGAUCUCAUUUGUGAGUUCACUGAGUCUUCACGAUUAAUAGACUCUGCAGGGGAUUUUUGCAAUUUAUCUUCACUCCAUAUUAAAUGCUCGACUGAAAGUGUAUAUAAAUAAUUUAAACGAACCCACACGUAUGCUAAAUAUUUUCUAAUUAUAAUUGAAUUUUCUCACGAUUCAAUGUUUCUGAGAUGCUUCUCUUAGUCUAUACUCAUACAUAGGUUCCGAUUUUGUAUGUUUUUACUAUGAUCAGUUUUCGUAAUUAACCUAUUGACUAUGAUAAACUUUCCUCCUACUAAAAAUUGUUUCGGAUACUUAAUUGUCUGUGGUAAUUAAGAAAUUUCGCUACACGUUCUGGAUAAUUUUUCUCUACGAUGUAUUCCCAUUUUGUUUACUAGUUCUGCUUUUCAAGUGUUCACAUAUUAGUUCUAUUUAUCUCUUUAACUGAAAGUGAGAGCUUGUUACCCAAUGUGUCUGAUAAUAUUUCGUUUAAAAAAACCCAGCAAAUAGUUUCUUUUCGAAUUAUUAAUCAUUGUCGGAUAAGAUUUUUACUGCGACAUACAUAUCCCUCAGUUAGUAUUGCGGUCAUUUUGUGCCUUAUAUCGGAGUAAGGUGAAAAAAUAUCUAAAAACUAUACCUUAGAUACUAUAAGAAAGGAAAUACUAUUUAGUAAUAUACAAAUCUAGGUAAAUUUUAAACAACCUGAAAUUGUAAUUAAAAAGUUUGAGUGAUUAGUACUGGUCUAUCCAGCAACAACCGAAUAAAUUUUGUCCAGUGGAAGAUUAUUUAGACCAUACAGCAGUAGUAGUACGAAUCCAAGUUCUGAUUAGGAAACUUAAAUGAUCUCUCAAUGAUCUGUAUUAAUUUUAUUGAGGUUACAAGCAUUGGGAAACCAUUGAAUGACUGUUUCUUCCCGGCGUGGGGCUCCCCAGUAGUAUGCAAUUUCUGGUGGCGGGGUCACAGAUUUCCACUGCCGAUGAGUUCCAUACUGGGACGAAACAGCUGCCCAAUAGUUCUAGUUUCUUAAUGUUUGUUUAAAUGAGGCAUUUUUGACCUUGAUAGAAUGCAAUAGUCUCCACGAUUUCCAUACCGAUAAACAGAUUAAUCUUUGUUUCAAUUAAAAUACUGUGAUCAAUUUGGUUUGAUGUUGAUAUACAUAACUAGAAACUUCAUUUAUAUACAUUUAAAUGUAUACAUAUUGUUAGUGUUUUUGAUUUUCACAAUAAAGUGAAGCACGUGAUCAUUUAGAAGAAUGUUUAAAGAAGGAAACUGAAACUCACAGAGAACAGCUAGCAAAUGAACAACAAGAGCGUAUUAAUUUUGAAUCGUCAAUUCUACAAGAAUUGGAAGAUGCACGUAGACGUCUAGCUGAUCUUGCCAAUAUUACAACUGAACGUGACAAUGAAACUGUUCUAAGACAGAAAUGUGAAGAUGAAUUAAAAAUGUCCAAAUCUAAGUUGAAUGAAAUACAGGCUAAAUAUGAACUGACUGAAACUAAUUUAACUGAAGCUCAGAAAAGAAUUAUUGAUCUACAAGAUCAAGUUAUUCGAUUGCAAAAUGAUUUAGACAAUGUGGAAUCGGUUCAAGCUGAUUUUGUUCGUUUGUCACAAAAUUUACAAGUUCAACUGGAAAGAUUGAGACAACAAGAUCAAGAAGUAAGAUGGAUUAGUCCAGAUGACGUGACCAACUGUUUUUCGUGUAAUUCAGCAUUUCCAAUUGGACUUUCUAAUAGUAUCAAUUCGAAAAAAAUCAAUUGUCGUCAUUGUGGUAAAGUUCAUUGUUCCAAUUGUACAAAGAAUACUAUGCCAGCUGGACCAUUUGGUCAUCCGGCUGUUGUAUGUGAUGUAUGCCAUACAUUGUUGAAUAAAAAUAUUGCUCCGUAUUUCAGCACAACAUCAUUAAAUAAUAAUAAUAAUGGUAAUAAUAAUCAAAGGGAUCACUUUCCAUCUUCUAAACGUUUCAGUCUGUCAUCGCCUACACAAUCCUCAACUAAUCUAUCAACUAAACCUUCUUAAUAACACUUAUUCAUUAUUUAUCCUUUCAUAAUAUCAAAUUACUACUGUUUUGUUUCUGCUCUUUCGUUUAAAUUUCUCUUCUAAUCUAACUGAUCUAUAAUAAAUUGUUUGAGCUGUCAUAAAUUAAUUGCAUAAUCUUCACCCUUUUUUUUACUUCACUUCCUUCACAGUGUAUACACAAAUUAAUUAUUAUAUAUUAUUUUGCCUUUUUAUGUAUUUAUUACUGUUUAAUGUUUACUUUAUACUUCUUUGAAUUAUUUCUUCAUGUAGACUUGUAUGUGUGUAUGUGAAUCCCAUACGCUAAUGAGUUUGUGUUCAUGUGAUGACAGAAAUCGUCACAUAACCGUAUUUGUGCGUUUUUUUUUUUUGUAUGAACUCAAUCAAGUUUGUAUAUUUAUGUUACUUUUGUUUUAUUCAUUUAAAUAUUGACUGUACCAUCUUAUUAUUAUUAUUACUUUCAUUAUUAUUAUUAUUAUUAUUAUUAUUAUUAUUAUUAUUAUUACUAUUAUUAUUAUUAUUAUACAUACAUGUCUUUCAAACUUAAUGUUUGUGUCCGUUUAUUUGGUUUUCUUCAUCAGCAAGAUGUGCUACUUUGUUUUCAUUUCAGUAGUAUAAAAUAUGUAUUCGUUUUGUUUUGAAAAAGCACACAUUAGUUUGCUUAUACGAGUAUUAGCAUGAAAUUUAUUAAUUAUUCUAUUCAUAUUAAACAUAAUAAGAAACUAUUCCAUUCUUACUUAUUUAUCUAUUUUUUCGAUAUGUUGAUUAUGUUAAACAUGAUCACGUAUCAAUCAUUUUUGACGAUUUAUAUGAUAGUGUGAACAAAACAACAAUGAUAAACAGUUCUUUAGAUUUGUAUGAAUUUAAUUCAUUUCUUACUUUUUGAAUCGCUAGCUGAGGAAAAAACAGACUUAACAAGGAGAUUUAAAUAGGCAAUAGUGAAACGUGUCCGUCGAGUGUAUAGGUGUAGUUAAUAAAAUGUAAGUUGAAAAGUCAACUAUUUCUGUUUUCUUCCUCACACGCUUCCUGAUCCUAACAAUAUAGGUAUUUAUUAUGAUUGUGGAAAAAGCUUCUGAUUGUUUCAACGCGACAAAUCUGACAUGUUAUCGAGAUUGCAAAUCAAUGUAAGACAAAGAGCCAUUGAAUGAAUGGACAGCUGUUUACCAACGAAUAUCUACGACCCCUUACCAGAGGUUAAACCUGACACCUUGAAUCUCUCGCUCGGUCGAUUAAUCUCUAGAUCACUGAGCCGGGAUCUCUUGGUAUACAAGGCUAACUUCAAUCCAAUCUUGCUGUCGUGCGACUAUAUUCCAUUGUAUGCGGUGGGUACCUUUCUCACAUCUGACAUGAGUAGACUCCAGUGGCCACGGCUUCUGAUUGAAACUCCAGGAAUUCUCUCGGAUCUAAUCAACACAUGAUGUGGCUCGGUGUUUGGAAGAACAGUAACACUAGACGAAACCUUAUUCAUGAUCCAAUCACUGAUUUACAUUUAUAUCAUUGCAGUUAGUAAAGAUGGGCGUCUUUUUUAUUCAGGAAUAUCAUACCAUUUGAUAUUCACCAUCAUUUUUGUAUCUGUAGUUGAAUUUCUUAAUCUUGGCACUGUUAAACUGCAAAUUAUAGUAGAUAAUGACUUGUAUUACAGCGCACUUCAUUAGCCGUAUUUGAUGUGAUUAAUUUCAUUUACCUUAUCAUUGUCAAUGGUUGUUAUAGUAGGUCUCCAUUUUAUUUGAUUUCGCUCAAAUUGAUUUGUGCGUAUACAAAAUGGCAAUGUUUCUAUAUCAUUCAGAUCAUAACGUUUAUAGAUUUUCACACACACACAGAUGUGAUCAUUUAAAUCGUUUUCAUUUACGAACUCUUC